GUUUCCGUGACAGUUAGCCUCCGCUGAGUCUCUGUCCACUUCAUUUUUGCGCUCGUUUGGCAUUCCGGGCUCCUUAACAACAAUCCGACAGCGUGCAAGCGUGCAUAGCUGAUAGCGAAUCCUCAUUUUGUCGCAAGCGCAGAGUCAUGGCCGCCGGUAAGGACGACGUACAAGGUGGCCUAAUCUCUCAGGUUACAGACCUUAGUCUUCAAGAAACAUGCAGCACGCCACUGCCAAAUGCGCAGGAACCGGCUAUGUUUUUUCUCCCCGAGGAGACCCUCAUCGCUAUCUUUGACAUCGCCAUCCGGCUUAACGAUAGCCUUCACAUUUGUGCAGCCUCGCCUUCGAACACGAUUGAUGCUCGCCCAUACGCUUUCGUUCUCGCACAAGUAUGCGCCUACUGGCGACAGCUAGUUGUCUCGACCUCGUCCCUAUGGUCCCUGAUCUCGUAUCGAGCGCGAACGUGGCGCCCUGAACUCGUCAACCCCCAAAUAGAGCGUUCGGGCCCGUAUCCGCUCGAUGUGGUCUUCAUCGCGUCUACGAUCGAGGAAGAGAGCGAUAUGGAUGAAGAGGUCUCCGUCGCCAACGCGUUCGUCUCAUUGGUUUCGCCACUGGUAGCGCGCUUCCGAGUUGUACAUUUUGAUGUCCACGACCACCGCAGCUUCGAGAGCAUCCUCCAUCUUCUCGGCCGCAACGAUGCGCCUCUGUCGAAGGAUUUGGGGGUGUUCGUUUCGACUGCGCCUCCUGCUUUCGAUGUGUCUUCCCACAUGCAGAUGGAUUGGGAGGACACCGAGGCGACUGCCAAGUGCAUGGGUCUGACCCAUCCGCUUCUGCGAAGCAUUAGCCUGCAGGACCUGUACCUGCCAUCAUUCCCCAUGCACAUGCUCGUGAACGUGACACGCGUCGAGCUCAAUUUCACCGGCUCGCAGUCUCAUUCGCACCAGUACGAGCCCAAGUUGGUCCAUCUGCUACAGUUCUUGAACGCCACUCCGCGGCUCGAGGACCUCAUCCUUGAGUGUGGCUCAAAGUUCAAGUGCCUUUCCCCGUCUACCCUUAGUGAUUCCUUUGGUCUCCCGGGCAGAGUCGAACUCCCUAAUCUACGCAACUUCACAUGGACAAACGCGCUUCCAUACUCUGUGAAAAGUGUCAUGAACUCGUUGUCUACGCCCCGUCUCGAGAGCUGGAAGCUCUCCAUCCGCGUGAGGCAGAACACGGCAACAAUGAACGUUUCAGUGCGGGUGCUCAUUCCCUCGCUCAAGGAGUUGUACGUCGAGUGUGUCGACAGGGAAGGGCUUGAGACGGCGUUCGGCAGGCUUGGACUACCGUCUGUAGAGCGAUUCGAGGUGGUGUAUGUCCCGCUGUCCAAACCCAAGUCCAAGUUGAGCAUCCAGCCAGCGCCCCCGGUCUUUCCGUACAUCUCGGGCCUCUUCGUUGCCCCGUGUCUGCAGAACCUCACGCACUUAUCUGUCUGCGGGUUCGCGAUUCCCAAAUCCUAUGUGCCCGGCGGAAUCGGCGAAUUUGAGCUUAUGUACAUGCCUUCUCUACGAUGCUUGUCCUUUAUCGAAUGCACGGGUGCCGCUCCGUUCUUGGGCCAGCUCGCAGCACCAAACGAGAGCAUCAAAGUUGGGGUGAACGUGUGUCCGCGGCUGAGGGAAGUGACGAUCGUGGGGUGUGCGGAUGUGGACCGGGAGGACGUAGAGGAGUUGCUGAGGAGUCGGUCGCAAAGGUGCCAGCGCGAGGAGAUCCAGAAGAUCGUGCAGACGAAGGGAGACGCGCAGGAGGCGUUACUGUUAGGGCGGAAGAUUGUGCCUUUGAGGAGGCCGAAGAGGGCUGGCCCGGGCGCUGCGACCCAUGGUGCACCCACUCCACCGGCAGGUGUGUCAAAUGCGGAGGCUCCUAGCUACGAGGCGUUUAUACCGGCGCAACUCGAGCGGUUGCACAUUGAAGACUGUGAACUGGUUACAGAAGGCGAUGCGACUACGUUGGAGGACAUGGAUUAUGGCACGAUGAACUUCUACUGGUAG